AUGGCUUCAGCUGCAGAGAAAAGUCCAUAUGUCGUCUUCGGGUAUGGAUCUCUAAUUUGGAAGCCUCCACCGCAUACAAUCAAACAAACCCCAGGAUAUUUGAAAGGAUACGUACGACGAUUCGCACAGAAGUCGCAUGAUCAUCGCGGAACGCCUGAGAAUCCAGGGAGAGUCGUAACGUUAAUACACAAGGAAGAUUGGGAUAAAUUCUCUGCUUCUGAUGCAUUCCCGGAAGAGGACACAGUUUGGGGAAUUGCAUACACCAUAGACCCCGAACAUGACGAAGUCGUCCGGCAAUACCUCGAUUAUCGAGAAAAGGAUGGGUAUACAAUUGAAAACGUCGAUGUAUACGGCAUCGCAGAUGGGCAUGAGAAAGUCGUCCUUUCUGGAGUAAGCUUUUCCUACUUGAUUGAACAUUUCUUGACUUACGUGGGGAAGCCCGAAAACCCAUCAUUCAUCGGUUCGCAACCAAUAGAAGACCUCGCCCAGCGUAUAUUCGUAUCCGUUGGUCCGUCGGGUCCUAAUAAGGUAUACCUAUACGAACUUGCCGAAGCCGUUCGGAAGUUAACUGCUGAAAGCUACGACAAGUAUCUGUUCACUCUAGAGGAUCGGGUCAGGGAAUUGGAUAGGGAGUUAGAACAACAAAAGGCAAUAGCAAACUGAUGUGCGAUUCCCACCUGUAGACAGGAUUAGGAAUACUUAGAUGUUGAUACUUAUAUUGUUGACUGCUCACCUAUCAAUAAGUUAGAAUAUAUAUUAGAAAUUG